AUGUCCAAGCGAGGACGUGGUGGUUCGUCCGGUGCGAAAUUCCGUAUUUCCCUCGGUCUUCCUGUGGGAGCUGUGAUUAACUGUGCAGAUAACACAGGUGCCAAGAACCUGUACAUCAUCUCUGUGAAGGGGAUUAAGGGGCGCCUGAACAGGCUGCCAGCUGCUGGCGUAGGUGACAUGGUCAUGGCUACUGUCAAGAAGGGCAAGCCUGAACUCAGGAAGAAGGUACACCCGGCAGUGGUAAUUCGGCAGCGGAAUUCGUACCGGAGAAAAGACGGGAUGUUCCUCUAUUUUGAAGACAACGCGGGAGUGAUAGUAAAUAACAAAGGGGAAAUGAAAGGCUCAGCAAUCACAGGCCCCGUGGCUAAGGAAUGCGCAGAUCUGUGGCCCAGGAUAGCCUCCAAUGCUGGCAGCAUCGCAUAAACCUGCGCCUUCCUAGAGUUA